UAUUGCUUCGCAGUACUGCCUCCCUCGAUCGCCACCGAACGUUACCAUUUCUUCUCUCUUAUUCCAUCCUCUUUUCUUUGAUGAUGAUUCCUCUUGCCUUGCCUCGUCUUGGUUGAUGGCUAACUCCUCCUAGUAUUUGAUCCGUCUUUGACCCUUUUCUUGCUUCGUUUUCGAUCGAUCCAAUGGAACUUCCCCCUCCUCCGCCUCCGUCGUCUCUUUCCCUCGUCUCCAGGGCCAAAACGGCUCUCCACUCCGCGGCGGCCAAGGCCGAGAAGGUUCUCACUGACAUCAAAGCCGACCUCAAGAUCGAUCGAGAGAGCGAUGGGCAGUCCCAGAAGGGGCCGAAGAAAUUUACGGAUCAAGAAGUUGAUGCAAACGACGCUUCCAACAGAUCCCAGCAGGAGGUGAUAGAAAGAAGCUCUUCCAAGAAUGAAGGCAGCUCAAGUGGUCUGAAGAAGUUGGGAAUUCCUCCAUCUUCUGUAAUAAAACAACUAGCUAUGGCUAUCGAGAGUGUGAAGAAUCAUAAAUCCAUAAAUGAUCUUUUGGCGUCUUCUGUGGAUCCCUCAUCUAACAAGGAAAAGACUGGCUUGAGCUUCUCAGUCAUGAAAUCUCUAGUACUUCGCGAAAAGGAAGAUAAGGAAAUCAAUUCUUCAAUGUGCCUCCUAUUUAAAUCAGAGGAACAAUAUUUGCCUUGGAAAAGUGCAUCUGGAACAGAAGGCAGUCCUAUGAUGACAUUGCUGAAGGAUCUUCAUGGUGCACCACCAGAAAGUUUUGUUGUUCAACUCUCUUUGAUUAUUGGAGACUUUAAAUCACUACAGAAGAUGGCUUUGCUUUGGCGUAGCAUCAUUAUUGAACUGAGGAAAUUAUGGUCUGAAGGCCAACCAAUACCUCGAAUGCCAUUAGAUGCAGAUCCUGACUUGAAUUCUUGUCUCCUGCAUCAGCAGUUACAAGUUAUUAACUGUUCUAUUGCCAGGAAACAACGCCGAUGUAUUGCUGAAGAAUCACUGGAUUCUAUAUUGAAAGAGGCUAGUUGUGAUAGUAAAGGAUCCUCUUCAGAUUGUAAAGUUUAUGCGAGGACCAGCACUGGAGAUUAUGUUCUCAGACUUGGAGCUGUACAUCCAUCUGAAAACUUAACCAUGUUAGAAACUGGUGAACCUAUAUUUUCUCCAAAAACACAGGAAGGUCCAGUUUUAACAGAAGAACUUAUCAAAGAAACAGAGGAGUUUGUGUUGCGAACUGGGAGUGUAGGGCCAGGUUGUUCCCAACUCCUCUCUGACAUGCAAGCUUUCAAGGCAACAAACCCUGGGUGUAUCCUAGAAGACUUUGUAAGAUGGCAUUCUCCACCAGACUGGAUGGACACGGACUCAAACAGUCAGAAUGACUUUUCAAUUGAUGAAGAAGGGUCAUCUCGACGAGGUCGACUAAGUCGAAGAAUGCAGGAGGAAGGUAAUUUGUGGCAUGAAUUGUGGGAAGCUGCCAAAGCAUUGCCUGCUGUAAAACAAACACCGCUGUUUGAUGAGGAUUUAGCAGUUGAAGGCAUCUUAACUGCCUUGGACGACAUUCAACCAUCUGAGCUCUUUGAGCAGCUUUUUGUCUCUGUGAUUUGUGCUGGCCUUCUGAUAGCAGAAGUGGUCCUUCCUGUGGAUAGCAACCUGAGCAAAUUAUACACCGAGUGCAAAGACUAUAUCGUCUUUACUUGCCAAAAUGGCCUUUUGAAUGAGAAGUUGGAUGAUAUAUGCAAGGUUUAUGGAACCAUAGAGGCAAUAGUCCUCAAACCGGAAGAGGUUAUCAAGGCCAUGGAACAACCUGACGAAACAUCAUCUGGAGAAUCAAAGAAGCGCUUCAAGAUACCAAGUCUAAAUUUCGUUGGCAAAGACAAACAACCAUUGUGGAAACGAGCACCCAAGGAUGAUAAGAAAUCAGAGGAGAAAAAUGGUCAUGCACUCUCCAACUUUUUCGACAAAAGAACGUCUUUAUUUUCUAAAAAGCCAUCAAAAUCAAAUGCACAGCAAUCUUCUACUGCGUCUACUUUGGAUGAUGGUGGGUGGAUGAUAGUGUGAGAAAAAGUUUCAUAUUUGUUAUUAUAAAAAAAAGGGGGGUGGGGGGGUUUGUAUUUGUUUAAUAUCGAAAGAAGGUACAUUGUUGAUUACAUGUGCAUGGUCUGAUUUAUUAUGUUUGACAUCCAUCACAAGAAAAGAAAGACGGGUGCCCUCAGAUUGGUUCAAAAUCUUUUUGGAUGUUUUCGCAGUAAUAUAUCAGUGAAAGCUCAGAUGUAACUUUUGAAGGCAUCUGAGGCGAUUCUUGUUCCGAA